UUGCAAUUUUUGCAAACACUAAACAUAGAUCAGAGACUGCGCGUGAGAGAAGAGCAUGGCGAGGGUGAAAGAGUUGAGAAAGGGUUUCAAAGCUGUUCAAGAUUUGGAACUUCUCAAGCUCAUCAAAUCUGAAAUUCAUUUUGAACUUGCUUCUAAUCACUUUCAGAAUGUUCAAAGUGGUUCUAUAGGGGAAUUUGUGGUGGACUCAGAUUCACCACAUUCCAAAGAUGUGGUUUUGAGAAGAAAAUGUGAUUCGGGUGAGGAACUUGCUCUUUCAGCCAUAUUGGGUCCUCCUAACUAUGAAAAAGACCUUGUUUUUGUAAGGGAUGUUUUCAUGAAAGUUUGUAUUAAAAAACCAGCCUUGUCCUCCAUCUUGCAAUUUGACUGUAAAGUUUAUCAAGAAACUGAUAAAAGUUCUGAAUUCGACAUCAACAAUGCCUAUUAUCUCAGAUCACCUACAUCUAUUAGCUCUUCCAUGUACAGAGGUCCCUUAUUCAGUGAAUUGGAUACUGAGUUGCAAAAAGCAUUCAAGGAAUACUUGAUAGCCAAGGGCAUUGGAGAAAGUUUGACCAAUUUCCUUCUCCACUACCUACACACAAGAGAGCAAAAGCAAUAUGUGAACUGGUUGAAAAAGGGUGAAGCAUUCUUGUCUAAAAACAACCCAUAGAAUCAAUUUUCAGAGACACAUUCUACUUAGUUAUGUAGAGUUGCAUUAGGAAUCAAUACUGGCACUUGUCUCCAGGGAAUGGGGAUUAGAUGUUCCAUUUUCACCAAGUUUUUAUUCAAUAAUUUGAGAAUAAGAAUUAUGCUCAGGUUGUCAAAUUUGUAAUAUUAUUAUUAUAGUCAAUUUUUUAUAAUACAAAAAAAAAUCCAAAAUA